AUGACACAUCCAAACCCUGCCUCCGAUAUAGCACAAUUCUUCGAUUUCGGAGCAGCAGCCAUGCCGGAUAUUUCACAGGAGACAUCUCAACCCAAUUUGGCUACUGGUUUAAGUGAGGGCUACCAUAUCCAAGACGAUAUCGAAGGUCUCAUACACACCAACAUUAUCCAACCAGCUGGCAUAGACUUUAACACCGACUUCUCCAGCUGGCUACCCAGAUAUCAGAAGCCAACUCAUGCUUGUGACUACUGCCGGUCCAAAAGUCUUGAGUGUUUUAUCUACAACAACGAUGAGCCAAGACAAGGACAAGCAGGGUGCUCGCCCUGCAACGCCUUGUUUCGACCAUGUAGCUUCAACAUGCCUCAGAGUAUGCCAGCUCGGAGGCAAAGAACUGCUCUUGACACAUUGGAUGUCGUGGCUGAAAAUGACGUACGACAACUUGGUGGGUUUACUGGCCGAAAGCAGUUGCGGUCACUAGGUCAUCUGGGUCCCAUAGAAGAUGACCCUCACGGAGAGCAAGGCCUUAAGAAAGGAGCUGCUGUUGUUCGCUUCCCACGAACGGCCGUCAAAGUCCUGAAAGAUUGGAUUGUACAACAUACCGACAACCCUUACCCAAACGAUGAGGAGAAAGAAGUAUUGAUAAAGCAAACGGGUCUCUCCCUGGGCCAGAUCUCUAACUGGAUGGCGAACACUCGGCGCAGGCAGAAAUCCAAGCGGAGCGCGUCUCCAAGUAUUCGGCCAUCAACUGAAGCUAUCAACAUUCCGCCUGGCAGAACAUGGGAGUCCCUUAGUACGUAUCCCACUCCGAAGUCUACCAAGUUUCAUAUAUCUAUGGUAUCUGGCAGCGCCGGAAGGUUCACAACCUUUCGUGUUAACCAUCCCUUCGAAAGAUGGAAGCACUCUCCUCCAGAAAACGAGCCGGCGCCUAUGGUAGCCAUUGCACAGGCCGUCGACGCUUUUGACCCACCAGAACCCCCAAGCUCCAGCAGUAGCUACCGAAAAGAUGCCUCCAACGACAGCACUGGCAGCUUCUCGGUGUUCAAAGCGCCUUCGGUAUCCUCAUUGGAAACUGGCUUCACGAACAUGUCGUCUGGAUCCCUUGGAUCUCGCAACUCCGCUUACUCUCACGGCUCACGACACUCGCUUGGCUCAAUGAAUAGUUUGAAGUCAAAGGAGAGGCGUAGGCGACGACAAUUUGCGACUCGAGUACCGAAUGCAGAUUCGAAAGAUGGUUCGAGACUGUUCCAGUGCACGUUUUGUACAGAUCGAUUCAAAUCCAAGUAUGACUGGGCGCGACAUGAGAAGAGUCUCCACUUGUCGCUCGAAAAAUGGAUUUGCGCACCACUAGGCGAAGUUAUCACGGAUGCAGCGACUGGAAAACGUAGAUGUGUGUACUGUGAUACACUAGAUCCUACCGACGAGCACCUAGCUACGCACAACCACAGCGCGUGUUGCGAAAAGGGCUUGGACUCCCGAACCUUCUACCGCAAAGACCACCUGAGGCAACAUCUGCGACUGAUGCACGGUUGUAAGAUGACCACCGGCAUGGACUCCUGGAAGUCCGAAGCACAGUACAUCAAAUCUCGAUGCGGUUUUUGCAAAAUGAGCUUCGACAAGUGGCAGGAUCGAGUGGAUCACCUGGCAAAAGAAUUUCGCAGCGGCGCCAGCAUGAAGGACUGGAGGGGUUGUCGAGGUCUGGACUGCCACGUAGCUAUUCACGUCACCAACGCCAUGCCCCCAUACCUCAUCGCCAAUGAGAGCAAAUCGCCCUUUCCGUUUUCCGCCAGCAAUUCGGCAAGUAUGAAGCAGCGCAACGCUAAUCUCGAGGCUGUGGACCUGGAGUAUCUACUUCCCACAAACACCUUCCGUCCAACAACGUAUGCGUCUCAUGACAAUCGAGCCGAUGGAUCCUCAAGCACAUCAACUGGUCUGCAAAACACAACCCCUCAAAGCCGUUUGUCCCGAUCCGAGUCGCCAAACGACAACCCAAACGCUACCUGUUGGGAGAUCCUCACACUCCGCCUAGGACGAUUUGCUCGUCAGCACAUCGAAAAGCAUGGCGCGGACACACUCACCGAUGAGAUGUUGCAGCGAGAAGCUCGUCACAUUUUGUACAACGAGCCAGAUGACCUCUGGAACCAGACUGCAGCCGACAACGCCGAAUGGCUCGGUCUAUUCAAGAAAGCCCACGGCAUUGACUCAAAAGCACAAGCAACAGCCAUCAACUCUUACCAUGAGGUGAGCGAGGAUCUGGGCGUGAACUCAAACAGACUCCUCGACCCAGCGUUCUUCGACUGCCUCGACCUGAGCCAAACCGACCCAGCACGCGCCCUAGCCUUCGAAUUCUCCCUAUCCGGCACAACCAACAUGAUCGACCACGCGCGCGAGCUCUCCUCAGGCCACCAGUCCCCGCUCCAUAUACCCAGCCUACGCGGCUCAAACUCCACAUCCCCCAUAACCCCCGCAUCCCGUACCUCAUCCGCCGUCCAAGCAGGCCUGCUCGACCUCCACGCCCCAAUCUCCGAGCUCGGCUGCUCAGACAUCCCAGGCGAGCCCUGCUACGGCGAGAACGGGGAGGCGGGGUUCUCCAUCCGCCGCGGCUGCUCCAUGCAGAAGGAUCGGUACUGGCUCAAUGCGUCGACGGCACAUAUGCUGCCUUCAACUACGUCUACUGUGUCUCCUGAUCACACUUCUACCUCCACUACCCACCAGUCGUUCCUGGACUCCUUCAUGGCUUCCAUCGCUGAGACGCCGUGCUCGAAGGCGGGCGCCUCGAUUCACCUCCCCACUUGGGAUCAGCUGCCUGCUGAGUUUCAGAACCCGGGGUCGAGCGCGGGAUAUGUGUCGAUGGUUCCUCUGGCUGAGGCGGGCGCGGAUGCGCUGGGUGGAGAUUUGAGUAUGGGGGUGAGUGGUGCGCAGGAUAUGCCAUGGGAUGAGGGCGAGUUGAUGGACUUUGAUAUGGAUUUUAAUAUGGAGUUGGAUGGGGAUGGCGAGGUGGGCGCUGGGGUGCUGGGGAUGGGUAUGUGA